AUGAGUACUGCAAGAGAAAUUGUUCGAGAAAUACAUGCAUAUUUACAGAAUAUUAAAGCAGAAAAAAAGAAUCAUGAGAAUUUACAAAAAGAAAUUGAGAGAGAUAGAAAAAAUUUAGAAAAAGCUCGAGAAGCAGUAGAAGAAUUACCAAAGAAAGUUGAUAGAGAAAUUAAAAGGAAUAAAGAAAGAGAAAAAAGAAUUGAAGGAUUAGAAAGAAAUAUUUGUCAUUUUUUAGGGAGUCUCGAAAGUAUAAAGGAGGAAGAAUUGAAGAAAUCUUUGAGCCCGAAUCCAUUGAUCAACUUAGAAACUUGUGCAGAAAUGUUGAAGAAGUUAUUAGAAAACCCAGAUAUAAAGAAAAUAAAAAGAGAAGGAAUUGAUUUAAAUAAAAUAAUAUUAUAGAUCAAAAAUUUAGACAAAAAGGAAAUUUAUUACCGACCUAUUUUUUUUAAAGAUACAAAAUAGGACUUUUAAAACUCAUAAUGCAAUUGCUAGGAAAGCAUCCACGAUAAAUUAUAGUAGUAUUGCAGUAAUGAAUGUUCAAAUUAAUUCGCUUAUAAUAAAUCUUAACCAGAGGAAUAAUAAUGAGUUCUAUGGCAUGGUAUAUGGAAUUGUUGCAGAGAUUGUUUCAAUCAAUUUGAUUAAACCUGAUCUUUACUUUAUCUAUAACAAAAGUAAAUGGAG